UUGCUUCUUCACCUCAAACCAAGUGAUCAAUACCUCAAAAUCCCCUCUCUCUCUCUCUCUCUCUCUCUCUCUCUCUCUCUCUCUCUCAAGCAUACAUUACUGGUUUCUAAACUAGUUUUUGUUUUCGACGAAUGUUAUGGGGAAAAUUCCUUGUUGUGACAAAAACGGAUUGAAAAGGGGUCCCUGGACUCCGGAGGAAGAUAAAAAACUGAUUGAUUACAUUCAGAAACACGGGCAUGGGAGAUGGCGAACCCUGCCUAAGAAUGCAGGGCUAAAAAGGUGUGGAAAGAGCUGUCGCCUCAGGUGGGCAAACUAUCUGAGACCUGACAUUAAGAGAGGGAGGUUCUCAUUUGAAGAAGAAGAGAUCAUAAUACAGUUACACAGUGUUUUGGGAAACAAGUGGUCUGCUAUUGCCUCUCGCUUGCCAGGAAGAACCGACAACGAGAUCAAGAACUAUUGGAACACACACAUCAGAAAGAGGCUAUUGAGAAUGGGAAUUGAUCCUGUGACUCACACCCCACGUCUUGAUCUUCUUGAACUCUCCUCCGCCAUCUGUUCAACUCUCUACAACUCAUCAUCACCACACAAUCCGCAGAUUAAUGUUCCAAAUCUGCUUGGAAUUGGACCUAUAAUGGAUCCAGACCUCCUCAACUUGGCCACCACUUUCCUAUCAUGCCAGCAAAACCAAAUUGGUUUUUCACAAAUUAAUCAAACCCAGUUUCAAUCCCAAUUAACCCAAGCAAGCCAGAUCCAAAACCCGGUUCAAGAAAUCCAAUCUUGCACAACAUCAAACACUUUGAAUGUCCCAUUUCUUAGCUACCCGGGUUCUUCAAAUGUAGCUGGCCAGGGUUUUGUUCCUACAACAAACCAGUUGGGUUCUUAUGACUCUAAAUAUGACUCCAUGAUUAGCCAUAUUCCACACCAAAAUUACAACCAGCCAUGCAUUUCCAAUAACGUGAAUCAAUAUCAAAACUUUCAGAACAUGAGUAGAUUUGGUUCAGUUCUAUCGUCAACACCUUCGUCAAGCCCGGCAACCACGUUGAAUUCGUCACCGGCUAUAACCUACAUCAAUAGUAGCACUGAAGAUGAGAGGGAUAGUUUCUGCAGCAAUAUCUUAAUGUACCAAGACAUUCCCAAUGCCUUGAACGCCACCAAACUUUUGUACGAAAAAAACAUCAUAAAUUAACUAGUUGAGGGUGUGUAGCAUGCAGGAAUCAAAGUUGGUGUCAGUUUUUAAAUUAGUGUUCUGAGUUUAUCUUGGAAUUUGAAUUAAUUAAUGUAUGAUUUUCUAAUU